AUGAGACGGGAGAACCAGAGCCGCAUGUCCCAGUUCCUCCUCCUGGGGCUCCCCAUCCAGCCGGAGCAGCAGGGCGUGUUCUUCACCCUGUUCCUGGGCAUGUACCUGACCACGGUGCUGGGGAACCUGCUCAUCAUGCUGCUCAUCAGGCUGGACUCUCGCCUCCACACCCCCAUGUACUUCUUCCUCAGCCACCUGGCCUUUUGUGAUGUCUCCUUUUCUUCUGUCACUGUCCCCAAGAUGCUCAUGAACAUGCAGACUCAGCAUCCAAUCAUCCCCUAUGAGGGGUGCAUUAUUCAGAUGUAUUUUUUUAUACUUUUUGGCUGUCUUGAAAAUUUCCUUCUUGGAGUGAUGGCAUAUGACAGGUAUGUGGCCAUUUGCAACCCACUCCAUUACAUCAUCAUUAUAAGGAAGGAGCUAUGUGUCUUACUGGUGGCUGGGUCCUGGGUCUUCUCUUGUAUACGUGCCCUGUUGCACACCCUCCUCCUGUCCUACCUCAUGAGGAGGGAGAACCAGAGCCGCGUGUUCCUCCUCCUGGGGCUCCCCAUCCUGCCGGAGCAGCAGGGAGUGUUCUUCACCCUGUUCCUGGGCAUGUACCUGACCACGGUGCUGGGGAACCUGCUCAUCAUGCUGCUCAUCAGGCUGGACUCUCGCCUCCACACCCCCAUGUACUUCUUCCUCAGCCACCUGGCCCUCACUGACGUCUCUAUCUCAUCAGUCACUGUCCCUAAGAUGUUGAUGGGCAUGCAGACUAAGUACAGAUCGAUACCCUAUGUGGGGUGCAUUUCUCAGAUGUAUUUUUUCAUACUGUUUGGUUGUCUUGACAAUUUCCUCCUUGCAGUGAUGGCAUAUGACAGGUAUGUGGCCAUCUGUCACCCACUCCACUACAUCUCUGUCAUGAGGGAGGAGCUGUGUGUCUUACUAGUAGCUGGGUCCUGGUUCGUCUGCUGUGUCCAUGCCCUGUUGCACACCCUUCUUCUGGUACAGCUGUCCUUCUGUGCUGACAAUACCAUCCCCCACUUCUUCUGUGACCUCGCUGCCCUCCUGAAGCUGAGCUGCUCAGACACCUCCCUCAAUGAGCUGGUCAUCUUCACCGAGGGAGGAAUGCUUUUAAUCCUGCCUUUGAUUAGUAUCUUGUGCUCUUAUAUCCGUAUAGUAACCACUGUCCUGAGGGUCCACUCAACUAAAAGGUUCUUUAAAACCUUUUCUACCUGUGGAUCCCAUCUGUUUGUGGUGUCUUUAUACUACGGGACACUUGCAGGUGUUUACUUUUUCUCUUCAUCAUGGAACUCCAAUGACAAGGACAUGAUUGCUUCUGUCAUCUAUACAGUAGUUACCCCCAUGCUGAACCCCUUCAUCUACAGCCUGAGGAACAGAGAUAUAAAACAGGCCCUAGAAAUAUUUGUCAAUAGAGCUAACUUCUUUAAGUGA